CUACUAGUACUACUUCGUUCCGGUGGUAGUAGCACCGCGGGAGUGACCGCGAGAGACAGCGGCGGUGACCCACACCCGAGGAGAUGGAUAUGGAGGCAAAGUAUGCUGAUCUGCGGCGCGCGGCGGAGGAAACGGCGGUGGUGGACGCACACGCGCACGACCUCCUCGCCGCCGGCUCCACCCUGCCCUUCACCCGCUGCUUCUCCGAGGCCGACGGCGACGCGCUCACCUUGGCCCCACACUCCCUCCCUUUCAAGCGAAGCCUGAGGGACAUUGCUGCAUUGUACGACUGUGAUGCCUCAUUUGAGAAGGUGGAGGAGUUCAGAAGGGCUCAAGGCCUGUCAUCUAUCACUUCAAAAUGCUUCCAAGCUGCCAAUAUAUCCGCGCUUGUUGUAGAUGAUGUCUCCAAAUUUAACGAAAUCCUUGAAUUGGAAUCUCACAACGCAUUCGCUCCCAAGGUUUACAGAAUUGUCGGAAUCGAGACGCUGGCGGAAACAAUUAUUAAUGAGCGCACGAAGGAAGAACAAAAAACAUUGUGGAACAGAGGGAUGGAGAGAAGAAAAGCCUCACCUGAUCUUGAGGAGGAGCACAAGGGAAAGUCACAAGCAACAGGAGAGUACGCAACGUUGUUACCCGAGUCACUUUCUGGAUCAAGCUGGACACUAGACUCAUUCACUGAAGCUUUUGUGGCAAAGCUCAAAUCAGUUACCAACAAAAUUGUUGGAUUGAAAAGCAUAGCUGCACACAGAAGUGGAUUGGAUAUUGAUCCAAGUGUUAGCAAGGUGGAUGCAGAGGAUGGUCUUCAGAAGGACCUAGCAACACGGAGGCCUCUUCGGAUUACAAACAAAAACCUGGUUGACUAUAUAUUUAUUCGUAGUCUUGAAAUUGCUGUGGAGUUUCACUUGCCAAUGCAAAUUCAUACAGGGUUUGGAGACAGGGACGUGGAAUUACGAAAUUGCACCCCUUUUCAUCUGCGUUCUCUUCUUGAAGACAAAAGAUUUGCCAAGUGCCAAAUAGUUCUACUAAAUGCUUCAUAUCCAUUUUCAAGGGAAGCAUCCUAUCUUGCAUCUGUUUACUCCCAGGUCUACCUUGAUUUUGGCUUUGCAUUUCCAAAACUUAGUGUUCAAGGAAUAACAUCAUCACUUAAAGAGCUCCUAGAGCGAGCUCCCAUAAAGAAGGUCAUGUUCAGCACAGAUGGAUAUGCUUUUCCCGAGACAUACUAUCUAGGUGCAAAAUGGGCACGUGAUAUCGUUUACCGUGUCCUCUUAGCUGCAUGUGAAGAUGGUGAUCUUACCAUUCAGGAAGCUAUCGAAGCAGUUGAGGAUAUCUUGAGAAGAAAUGCACUGCAUCUUUACAAGUUGGAUGUCGUCCAUGAAAAAGUUAUUAAUAUUGAUGAUAAUAGCACAUCAUCGUCAUCCUGUGUCAAGAAAGAUGAUGUGAUUCUUGUUCGAAUGGUUUGGAAUGAUGCUUCAGGUCAACAUAGAUGCCGUGCCUUGCCAGCCGAGAGAUUUUACGGCAUUGCACGGAAUAAGGGUGUUGGUCUGGGUAUUGCAGCAGUGGGGUUUACUUCCUUUAGAGAUGCCCCAGCAGCUGGGACAAAUCUUACUUGUGCAGGAGAGGAAAUCAGGCUUGUGGCAGAUAUGUCAACACUUUUGAGGAUCCCAUGGUCAAGAAACGAAGAAAUGGUGAUGGCUGACAUGAUAACCGGUUCCGGCGAAGCCUCCGAAUACUGUCCUAGAAAUGCUUUAAGAAAAGUGAUAAAAGUUCUGCUAGAUGAAUUCAAUGUGACAGUGAUGGCAGGUUUCGAGAAUGAAUUUUAUCUCCUCAGGAAAUCAUUCAGUGAGGGCCAUGAACAGUGGGUACCAUAUGAUAAUAGCAGUUACUGCUCGACUUCAGCAUUUGAUGGUGCAUCAUCUAUACUGAAAGAAGCAUAUUCCUGUCUUAAAGCUGCAGAAAUUGUGGUUGAGCAGAUGCAUGCUGAAGGUGGUAAUGGGCAGUUCGAGAUAGCCUUAAAGUAUGUGUUAUGCACUCUUGCUGCUGAUAAUCAAAUAUAUGCCCGAGAAAUUAUUAAAUCCGUUGCUCGAAAACACGGAGUGAUAGCAACAUUUCUACCAAAACCAGACCUGAAUGAACUUGGAUCCGGUUGUCAUGUGCACCUGAGCUUAUGGGAGAAUGACCAAAAUGUUUUUAUGGGCUCAAAUAAAUAUAGUUACCAUGGGAUGUCAAAUACCGGUGAACGGUUCCUUGCUGGAGUUUAUCAUCAUCUUCCAUCGAUACUGGCAUUUACUGCCCCUCACCCACACAGCUAUGACCGAAUUCAGCCACACACAUUUACUGGAGCAUAUCUUUGCUGGGGGAAAGAGAACCGGGAGGCUCCGUUGAGGACCUCCUGCCCACCGGGCGUGCCUCCUGAUUUUGUCAGCAACUUCGAGGUCAGAUCUUUCGACGGGUGCGCGAACCCUCACCUUGGCCUCGCCGCCAUCGUCACCGCCGGCAUCGACGGAUUAAGGAGAGGCCUGAAGCUGCCUCCACCAACUGAACUGAAUCCUGCAGAUUGCGCUUCACACGAGAGGCUACCGCACGACUUGCUGGGAUCUGCAGAGGCACUUGCGGCGGACGAGAUUUUUCAUGAACUGAUGGGUGAUAAACUUGUUACUUCUGUUAUAGCUAUGCGAAAGGCUGAGAUCGAGCAUUACGCGAAGAACCCAGUGGCAGUCCACCAUCUCAUUCACCGUUACUAGCGAUGCCUAUUUGCCUUGCUUGGUGAUCGAUCGGGAUCGGGUUGAAAAAGUACUGCUCUGCUUUCAGACGUUGCUCUGUUCUCAGCACUUCACAUGUAUGUGGAUGAGUAAAUGUUGUCCAGAUGAUUGCUCAUGAUCUCGGCAAUGCACUUGCCGUUGUCAGACUUUUUCAGUUAAUAAGUGGUAGAGACCAAGGUUUAGAUGAUUGCUCACCGACAAAGCUGCGCCAGGCCCUGGGAUGGUGGCAGCAGGGCCAUUUUCACCCUCCGCCCUUCCCCCAGAUCUGGUCCCCGGCAGCACCGCCAGCUUCCACCGACGACGGGGGCGGCCUCCCCGGCCAUCCCGUCCUCGAGGUGCUGCUCCCGUCGGUUGCAUGUUCAAAAGUUUGAUUUGUCAGUACCGGAGCUUGAUGUGUCGAUGUGUUGGAUCUUCAGGCUAUGAGCAACCCUUACACCUGAUAAAACUGAUAUGUGGAUGUGGAUUCACACAUGUGAGUGGCUUGAUGUAUACAAUGGACAUAUCUAUCUUUCUUUGACAAAUCUGUGCAUAUAUAAAUGUCGUACAAUUGAUGCA